AUGGGUUACCAAAGGGCUAAUAACAAAUGUAGAGCUGUUGGUGUACAAGGCAUUGCUUGGGGUUUUGGUGGUAUGAUUUUUGCCCUUGUUUACUGCACUGAUGGAAUCUCAGAUACUCACAAGGAAGUUACAAGUAAAUUUCUUCGAUACAAAUUAAAUGGUAACCUGGUGGCCACCACGUUUGGUCUGUUUCUAGCAAGGAAAUUGUACCUAACCAGGGCAGUGUUCUACAUUGUGAUGCAAUGCCUUGGUACAAUUUGUGGUGCUGGUGUUGUCAAAGGGUUCCAGCCAUCAUUGUUUAAGAUUAAGGGUGGAGGUGCCAAUGUUGUGAGCCAUGGUUACACCAAGGGAGAUGAUAUUACUGGCACUUUUGUUCUUCUCUACACAGUCUUCUCUGCUACUGAUGCCAGGAGAAAUGCCAGAGACUCCCAUGUCCCUGUUUUGGCUCCUCUCCCAAUUGUAUUUGCAGUGUUCUUGGUUCAUUUGGACACUAUCCCUAUUAUAGGCACUGCAUUAACCCUGCUAGAAGCCUAG